CUGUGCUCCGUCAGAGUCCAACACCGCGGAUCAGUGCGCACAGGCAGGCGGGGGAACACGACCCAACACCCGGAUCCGGACAGGAGGACGAGCCGGUGGUGGAGCCCGCAGUAUUUCGGAUUAUCCCUAUCAGCGAUGAACACCCACAUCCACACCGUUAAGUAGAAGCAAACGGAGCACAUACCAUUACGCGUCGAGGAUGAACGGGACCGCAGCGGCCACGGGAUCGGCUUCCUGCCGUUUCGCCCACUAUUUUGUUGUGUGUGGAUUGGACACGGAGACAGGCCUGGAACCGGACGAAGGAGCAGGUGAAAGCUUUGAGCAGAGUCCCAUUCGACGGUCCUUCAAGUCCAAAGUUUUGGUUCACUAUCCUGAAAGCACAGACAGAAACCCCUUCAACAAAGAUGCUAUUAACAUGCUCUGUAUGCCGAGGGGUCUUUCCUUCCGCACUCAAGCAGACAGACUGGAUCCUCAAUUCCACUCAUUCACAAUUGUUUUCGAUGACGGUACACGUUCCUAUGGCUUUGUCCAUACUUUCUAUGAGGAGGUGACCAGUCCUCAGAUCAUUACUGCCAUGCAGACUCUCUACCAGAUGCACCAAGUGGAGCGCCAGUCUUCAUCAUCUGCUUCUUCACCCUCCUCUUCUGCCUCUUCAUCUGCCUCUUCACCCUCCACCUCCAGCAUGGACUCCCUCGUGAGCAGCUUGGAUGAAUCAGACGCCGAGUCCCUGGCCGGGCUUUCUGCCUACCUCGGCUGUGCAGGUUCCUUCGAUCCAGCUCGUGACACCCUGUAUGUGUCCAAAGCCCUCUGCCUUCUCACCCCCCUCCCCUUUCUUCAAGCUGCUCGACAAUUCCUGUCUCAGCUGCACCAGGCCGUCGCAUCUCAGACUGCCCCGCCUCUUCCUCUGGAGAGCUACAUCCACAACAUUCUGUUCGAGGUGCCACUGCCUCCCCCGGGCAGGUCGCUGAGGUUUCAUGGGGUUCAGGGGCCCAUCCUGUGUCAGAGGCCCGGGCCGGGUGAGCUUCCACUGAACGAGUUCCCACUUGGAGAGGCGUUCUCCCUGCUCGGUGUGGACAACAUGGUGCAACUACUCACCUGUGCACUUUUGGAGACACAAGUCCUGCUGUGCUCUCAAGACUACCAGCGACUGAUGACAGUGGCGGAGGGCAUCACGACUUUGCUCUUCCCGUUCCAGUGGCAACACAUCUACCUGCCGAUCGUUUCCGCACCCAUACAUCACCUCCUUGAUGCGCCGGUGCCGUUUAUGAUGGGGAUCCAGCGCAGAGAAGGAGCUCAACGAUCCUCCCUCCACCUACCACAUGAGGCAAACCUGUGUUUUGUGGACAUUGACAACCACUGUGUCGAAGCCCCAGAGGACCUCCCUGUGUUUCCGGACCAAAUGGAACUAAUCCAAGAACUGAGCGAGAUACUGGUGCGUUUCGGGAUCCCUCCACAAGGGGGUGUGAUCACGAAGCCCACUACCACCCCCUCCCCUCGCCUGAGCAGCCUCGUCUUGGAGGAUCUGAUGGAGGACAGAAGGAAUGGGAACCUUGGAGGCGAGGAAUUGGCCGUGUUGGAGAGGCUGCAAGCCCUGGCAAGGAGAUGUGGAGGAGGAAAAAUGUCAGAUGGAGGGAAGACACUAGGACAUGUGUUUGAGGAGGACGAUGAAGAGCUGAAGGCUGCGAAGCUCAACAUUCAGCUGAGGGAAGUGUUUGCGGGGAGGUUUGCUGCCAUGUUUGGCAGAUAUGAGGAGUUUGUCAUCCACAGCGCUCUUGAUUUGGACUCGUGGUUGAGCAACCGAGAGGGGACAUUCAGUUUUGACAAGGGUUCCUUCCUCUCAAUUCAGCCUGUCUCCCACUUGACCUUCUUGUCCCGCUUCUUGGAGACCUCCAUGUUUUCUUCAUUUGUAGAUGGUAAGGUGAUAGCUCGGUGGGCUGACAGGGAGCCCAUGCAGCAGCUGUUUGACACCCGUUUGGAGAGAGAGCGGCUGUACGACACUGAUGAAGAAGAAUCCCGUACCGGCCGCUACAGGAAAUGCACGUCGCUGUUUGAGUCAGCCCAGGCCAUUGAGCACAGGCUAGUGAAGGCUGACCACACGGCCAUACACCCCCACCUGCUGGACAUGAGAAUUGGCCAGGGUCGCCACCAGCCCGGCUACUUCCCCAAACUGCAGGCUGAUGUGUUGGCACACGGACAAAACACCAACAAGUGGUCGAGUCGUGUAACAGCAUCACGCAGAAGUGAUCCCAAAAAAUCAACAGUUACCGAACACUCCGUAGACUCUGAACAGACACAGAAGCACACGUAUUCAAGGAAAAAUCUUCGCCAGUCCAAGCUCCUUGACCCGUCACCUCAAGCCAUCACGCAGACUCAUCGAGAGUUUGUUGACGGGCUGCUGAGCGAGUGUCGUCUGAAGACUAAACGGAUGUUGAUGGAGCGAAUGGGGAAGGAAAGUGUGGAACUCGGUCAGGGAGAAGCCAACAUUACAGGCCUGCAGGAAAACACCCUGAUCCACGGGCUGUGUGACCUACUGGAAAGAACCUGGGGCCACGGUCUGCAGCUAAAACAGGGGAAGUCUGCUCUGUGGUCCCAUCUGCUUCAUUACCAGGCGGCCCAGGGGAAAACAGAAGCACCAGCAGAGUGUCCAGGUUUGGAUCAGAGAACAUUUGAUGAUGGUACUCUGCUUCUGAGAGGAUCCCUUAUACAGGAUAUGAGAUUUAUUCAGGCCAUGAGUGAGGGUCUGUCUGAGGUGGGUCAGGCCCGGGCAUGGAUUCAUCUGGCUUUAGAAAAGAAAAUGCUAUCCCAGCACCUUAAAGAACUGCUAACAAACCAGGAACUACUCAGACAGCUGUAUAAACCCCAUGCGUUCCUGCUCUGUGAGGAGGAAAGGGAGCAGUUUUUGUUCCACCUUCUCUCUCUGAACACUGUGGACUACCUCUGCUUUACUCGAGUGUUCACCUCCAUCAGUAUUCCAUACCGUGUUGUUAUAAUACCCAUGAAGAAGCUGAGUAUUGCCAUGGCGACAGUUAACCCAUGGGUGUGUUUGUCAGGAGAACUUGGUGAUUCAGGAGUUCGACAAAUCCCCAAGAACACACAGGAGAUUUUUUUCCAGUGCAAGAACCUCGGCAGGCUCAGCACUCUGCAGCUCGGACAGGAGAACUCUGGCUUGUUGGCCAAGUGUCUGAUUGACUGUGUGAUGGUGUACAAUGAGAUCACUGGACACACCUACAAGUUCCCAUGUGGUCGCUGGCUGGGGAAAGGCGUGGGCGAUGGCAGUUUGGAAAGAGUUCUGAUUGGCCAGCUGGUGUCACCUGGUGGAGAGGAGGAUGCUGGCAGGUGGACAGGGACGCCUCCAGAACUGGCCUCUCCUUCUCAGAGCGUGAUGACAGUACUGGGAUCGCUUGGCAGCCGAAGCAGAGUGCAGUCUGUUGAAGUACAUGAGGACAUGAGGGAGGCGGCGAAUAACCUUGUUAAACACUUUCAUAAGCCAGAACAAGAGAGGGGAAACCUGACAGUCUUGUUAUGUGGCGAAGGAGGCCUGGUGCUUUCUUUGGAGAAGUUCCUCCUCCAUGGAUUCAGAUCUAAUCGUCUUUUCCAGAGGAACGUGUUUGUUUGGGACUUUGUGGAGAAGGCAGUGUCUUCCAUGGAGACGGCUGAUCAGAUGGGCGACCUGCAUGGAUCCACACACACAAAGGGUCCACCGUGUGAUUCAUUGUGCCAUUAUGUCAAUGCCAUCAAUGCCUCGCCUCGAAACAUUGGAAAAGAGGGCAAGUUCCAGCUGUUUGUCUGCCUGGGAAUUAGGGACAGACACCUCCCUCAGUGGCUCCCCCUGCUGGCAGAGUGUCCUCUGACUGCACGGACUUAUGAGGACAGUGCUCUGCUUCGAGACCGGGCUGCGGUUCACUCCCUGUGCCGCAUCUUGCACACGCUUCAUGAGUUCACCAUUACUCUGGAAGCAGCACUGGUGAAAGGGAUCGAACUCUGACACUGACGGAGAAUCACACCAGCCCUCUGCUCUGUAACCUGCUGAAGAAACGCUUAACGGGUCCACGAGAGAGAAAAAGAACUCCACGUAUCUCCAGCUACUCAUAUGUAUGACAUAUGAGAAGGACAUUGGACUAGAUGAAGUCACUGGAAGACAAAUGGAAACCUAAUCUGUAAACAUUUCUGCCUUGUUUGCUGAUGUACAGUAAAUGUCAUAUAUACUAUAUUUGCUUCAGGAAAUAGUUUAAUUUUUCCUAUGCUUGUUUACACUGUGAAAUUUCCUCCAGGAGAAAUAGAGACUCAUUCAUAACCUCACAUCUACAGUAGACAUUUUCACAACUUACCCCAUUUACUGUACCUGAUAUUAGGACAGCUAUAACCCUCCUCCUACUGCUGUAUUGCUUGCACUUGAACUUUAAACUAAGCACAUGCAUGGCCAAAAUCUGUUUGUUUUAUGUAUGUCUCAGUGUGCUGUGAUCUGAAAUAUCAGGACUCAGGCCUUACUUUAUAAACAUGUUUUUCUUGACUAUAUAGAUAUAACCAUUGGAUAUCUCGGUUAAUAUACAAAAGAAAGAUCAUGUUCCCCCUCUAUAAUAUGUCAUAAGUGUUAACUCAUUAUGCUCUUGUUAUACUGUGUAUUCUCUGUCCUGUUUCUCUGUUUACUUCAGUUUGAGGUCACGUUCUGCAAAGAGUUGUGCUCGUGAAAUUCUCAGUUGGUAAAACAACCAAACUGGUGGCCUAAUUGUGUCACUUCCAAUAGUCUUUGUCACUGUCUGAGUGCUUUCUGCCCUCUUUCAUUGUAAAUAUUUGCUUUAUUAGAUCUUUGAUAGAAUUGUGCCCAUCCGUUAAUAUGGUGCAAUAGAGUGUGGCAUAUUUUCUGUACAAAUGCAUCUUAUUUGUGUCGUAUAAAAUGGUAGAUUUCACCUCGGCCACACUCGACUACUUAUGUGAAUAAUAGUCAUGCUGUUUGUUUAUAAGCUGUUCUUUUGUCUUUGUCAUAUUGAGACAAUGUAUAGAGCACAGGUUCCUUCAAAAGCUUGAUAUUAUGUUGAUGUUGUAUUUUAUUUAACAGUUGAAGAUGUAAAAAAAAAAAAAAAAGAAACCGUCUCCUGCACUGUCCUGCAAGCACUAUGUAACCCACGAUGACCAAGCCUCUAUUAUCUUUCAAAUACAGAUUAGACAAAGCAAUAAUGAAUUGUUAUUUAUGAAAUGUGUUGUCAGAUUAAAGGUAAUUAAUAUUGA